UAGCUCCUCUCUUACACGGUCUCUACAUUUUCUUGUGAUUGAGUUUAGGUACUCGACUGCACGAUAUUCGACUUUUCUACCCUCACCCCGCUCUACUCUCCUACCCGGUACCCCUCCAAUCCGCAGGCGGAUCGCAAAAUGGGUCGCGAAGAUCAAGUCGAGGAGCGAGAGGUUCUGGACUCAAUCUUCCCAGAUGAGAUCACAGACAUUUCCGAGAAUGCAUACAAAGUAUCGAUAACGCUCGAUAACCCCGAAUUCGACCCUGAAGAAUCCGAGCAGCCUGUGAUAUAUCUGGAAGUUUCAUACCCAGAAGAAUACCCCGAUGUCGCCCCAGAACUGAGCAUUUCCUCUCCACCCAAUGCCAGGUACCAGAGGCUAGAUAUCCAAGAGGACCGGGACCAACUACUCGAAUCGCUGCAGGAGACCAUUGAAGAGAACAUGGGGAUGGCGAUGGUGUUUACACUCGUGAGCGCGCUAAAGGAAAGCGCCGAGGCUCUCAUGUUGGAGCGCGCCAAUGCCGUUCAGGUUGAGAAGGAGAAGGUCGCUGCCAAAUUGGAGGAGAUAGAGAACGCAAAAUUCCGGGGAACACCGGUCAACCGGGAGACAUUCUUGGAGUGGAUGGCCAAGUUCCAAAAGGAGAUUGCGGACGAGGAGCAGCGACAAAAGGAAGAGAAAGAGGCCGAGGACAAGAAGAAGAGGUCUGGGAAGGAAGAGAAGAAGCUGACUGGGCGACAGUUGUGGGAGAGAGGACUGGCUGGCAAGGGUGACUAUGAUGAGGAAGAUGAGGAUGCUAUGCCUGCAAUUGAUAAGCUGAAGGUCACGGCUUAAUUUUAUGCAUAGAUAUGUCGAUAUGAGCUGCUCGCCU